AUUUUCUAUUCGAGUGGCCAAAAGACAAAAUAUGAUUCAUACAUUAGCCAAUUGUCUUUUUAUCCUUUUAAAAAAGAGUGAUAGGUCGGAACUAUCUAUGAAUGGCGUUAUAUUGUCACGUGCGUCGUAACAAAGUGUGGUAUUGUCGUGACAUAUGAGUCGGUUGAGUUGAGGUUAUUAUAAGACAAUGUUUUUCCUGGUUUAUCACAUUCGCAGAUGAAAUCAAGCGGAUCAGUGACUCAGCUCAAACUACUUCGAAACUCACUUACUCUCGAUCAAAUGUCUGUUUUGUGAAUCUUAUAAUCGUCGUCGUAUUGAAUGACAAUGGAUUUGUCAACUGUGCCACUUGUAGCAAUCUCUGUUGGGAGCAAACAAGUUAUCUCAACGCUCUUAAACCCUACAAAAGUCUUACCAUCUGAAAAUGGUUUGCCAAGGGAUUGGAGAGGCUUGGCAUAUUUGCUAGAGCUUAGUGCUGAAGUUAUGACACUGCUUUCGUCACAUUCUAAUCCAACAAUAUACAUGUUGACGAUAUUGGAGCAAAAAGAAAAAAAUAUUACAAUAAAGGACUUUUACUUGAUGAUGGAACAGAUAAGCAGAUGGGACAUUAUUGAUGAUAUUGAAGACAUGUUUGAAAAGGAUGCUGUAAAAUAUUUGGAGGAAAAACAAAGAGCUCAAAUAUCAGCAGAUAUGGUAGAGCAGAAUGUUGAUAAAGAAAUACUUACGCAAGGUGAUGUUCAUAGAUUGAAAGAAGGUUUAGAAACUCAAUAUUAUGAUGCAUUUCUUUUAUAUGCGGAUGAAGAUGUCAGUUUUGCAAGCAAAAUGGUAGAGAAACUUGAAACAGAAUAUCAAUUAAAGUUAUGUUUAAAGGAUCGAGAUCUGGUUGCGGGUAUAACAUUCGAACACGAAGCAGUAAUGAAGAUAAUAAAUGAACGAUGCAAUAGAGUAUUGAUUAUAAUAUCACCUAGUUUCUUAAUAAGUGCUGCAAACAAAUUUUUCUUAAACUAUGCUCAAGCUUUAAGCAUAGAUAAACAGCAGAGGAAAAUCGUACCUUGUUUAUAUAAAAGAUGCGAAUUGCCGAUGCAAUUAAAAUAUAUGUUUAUUUUGGAUUACAAUCGUAAAGGGCUAUAUGACUUCUGGGGCAAGUUACGUGAUUCUAUACGAGCUCUAAAUUCUAGUGUUAAAUGUACACAGAAAACUACAGAAUUAACAAAUACUCUGCCGAAUAAAUGUAGCGAUUUACCUCAAGUUUGUCAAGAAGCAAAAGAAGAAACGUCAAAAAAUACUCAAGAAAAGAUUGAAAACUGUGUUAUCAAAAAUAUGAAUGACACAAAAGCUUUACAUUCUUCUGGGACGAAAAGAAGUAAGAUGUUAAAAUGGGUUAAAAGUACAGCCAACUGGAAAACAAAACAAAAUAAGCAAAAUGAUCAUUUAAUUAUGGAUAAACUUGCAAAUUUACCAUCGUUAGAUAACUUAGAUAGUUUAAAUUUAACCAGUGAUUCUACCAUCGAUAUAUACGAAAAGAAGAAGAAAAAGAAGAAUUUAUUUGACAAAUUCACAAAAAAAGGGCAAAUGAGGAAAAUCGCUGUGCAAACAUAAUAAAAAAACUAUUGUAUAUGACAAGAGUAUUCUAUAUAAAGUAACACUUUAUA